AUGCAGGCGAUAAGGAAUGGAUAUGAUACUAGCAAAGAGUUUGUUUCGUCGGUUAUUGAAUUUAGAUCCCCGGUCAGUCCUGUUUACUGGAUGAUCGUAAACAGUGCAUUCUGGUGGAGUGUGUUUUAUCUGAACAAAGAAUACCAGUUACGCUUGAUGAUCUCACUGGCUGCAUGUAUUUUUGGCUGGGAUGUGUUGCUGUCCCCAAGUCACGAACACUCUCCAGUUGUGCAUUUACUUCUUUGGCCGUUCCGGGAAACUUUACGUGUAAGUUACUGCUUUGACUAUAAUUACAAAAGCCUAUUUAUACAUGGGGAAAAGAGACGGUUUUGGAGGCCAGGAGAUGGACAUAUCAACAUUACGUCUCGUUGUUUUGUGAGGGGUUGUAGCGCAAUAUUCUUUGGCAUCAUUCAUGCAUGUGAGAUGACAUGGAGAGGUAUUGCGAAUGGAUUUUACACUGUUUGGAGGAAACUUGCUGAUGGAGUUACUGGAUUAUACCGCGGAUUCAUUGCUUUUGUAAUAAAGAUUAGGAAUAGCAUUAGUUCUGGAGCAUUUUCGAUCCGCGAAUUUUUCCUCUUCAGCUUCCGCUGCAUACGCGAUAGCAUUCUUGCUGUUUUGGCGACGAUAUACUUUGGUAUUAUCAAUGGCAUUAUGGCCACAUGGAGAGCUUUUAUAAGUAUGGUCUAUUCCGUAGAAAAGGCUACCGUUAAUUAUGUUUUUGAUUUGGCGCGAAAGCUGAAAGCAAUCUAUCUAAAUAUUUUGCAUUCUUUAAUUUACUUGUCGAGCAACUUUUUUCAUGCAUUAAAGACCUAUAUCCUCAACGUUGUACAUUUCUCUUCCUCUCUAAUCGGAAGAUAUGUCCUUUGCCCGGCACGGAAAAUUUGGGCUGCUGUCAAGUCAUUUGUAAUUUACUGGUUUUGUGCGCACUGGUGGCCUGGACUGAAAGGCUGGAUAAAAGAGAACAUCACUAGACCUUUGGAGAAAGGGAAUCUUUAUUUCCAAAAUGAAUAUGUUCUGUUCCAGCAAUUGGAUGACAAACAAAAUUUUCUUUUCAGUUGGGGCGGGGACCGGUUGAAAGACCUUACUGUGAUCUUAAGAGAGUUACUGCACAAGCUGGCGGUGAAGAUAAAGGACAGUGUUCUGUGGCCCGUCUGCAUGUUAAUUGUUGAUAUCCUUCAAAAGAUUGGUAAGUACAUGAAAGCCACAGUGUUGCAACCAAUAACUGACUACCUGUAUUGGAAGUACAAGUUUUGUGAGGACUAUAUUCUAAUAAAUGUUCUUGCUCCUGCCUGCACUCUAAUCAUCAACCACAUACCAGAAAAGUCUCCGUUUUGUGGUAAGCGUUUACGCAAUGUUAUUCUCGGCAACGGCAUGUCAGAACUCUCAUAG